AUGAGUUUAAGCCUAGAUGGUGUGAUUAUUGCAAACAAGUUGGGCAUGAAACUAGAUCAAAAGGUUCAUUAUGAGUUUAAGCCUAGAUGGUGUGAUUAUUGCAAACAAGUUGGGCAUGAAACUAAUUUCUGCAAAAGGAAACCUAGGACUCAAAAGUUAUGGAUUCCUAAGCACUCUGCUCAGAUUUCAGAUCAAAACCCACCUGGUGAUUCAAAUCAGACACAAGGCUCUGGUAAUGCUGCAGGAAAUCAGAUACAUGUACAAAACCAGCAAGUUCUUUCAGGAAAACAGGUGGUGAUGGAUGAAGGUACCUCAGAUAAUUCAGUGCAUGUUGUGCAUGUUGAGGUUAAUGCAAAUAGCAAGAAAUCCCCUAAUGUUCAUGCCCAGCAACCUGAUUCUGUAGAUUCUGGAAAUGCCGUGCAUGUUGUGCAUGUUUCUGUGAAUAAAGCUAGCAACAACAAUACCCCUACUGGAAACUCUUGGAUGUUGAUGCAAAGAAAUAAAAAUAAAAAGGCUAUCCCCAUUAACUCUUUUACCCCUUUGGCAAAUAUGGUGGAUGAACUGGAUCCAUUUACAAUGGAUAGGGGGAGGAAAAUUGAUGAAUCUGUCAAUAUGGAAUAUAAGGGUGGGGACUUUAAUACUAUGAUUAAUGAUGAAGAGAAAAUUGGGGGAAUCAAGCUCACAGAUACAGAUACAAGGGACUUCAAUACUUUUAUAGAGGAUUGUCAUCUCCUGCAUCUCAAAACUGUAGGGAAUUUCUUAACAUGGUCAAACAAACAAGAUUGUGGCACUAGGGUCUGGUGUAGACUAGACAGGACUCUUGUGAAUAGCACAUGGAUUCAGAAUUACAAUUCUAGUCACGUUGAGUAUAUGUCCCCAAGCUUAUCUGAUCACUGCCCAGCUUUAAUAUCAAUUUAUGAAGAGGAUAGACAUGGCAAGAAACCCUUCAGGUUCUUCAAAAUGUGGACUAAACAUAGCAAUUACUUGCCUACAGUAUCUUCAAUUUGGCAAAAACAAGUAAAAGGUUGCAAGAUGUACUCAGUUUUUCUCAAGCUCAAAAAUCUAAGGGAGGUUCUGAAAGACCUUAACAGAAAUCACUUUGGAAAUAUAAGUGAACAGGUCUGUAGAGCAAAGAAUGCACUAGAGGAGGUCCAGCAAAAGCUCCAAAUUGAUCCUUUCAAUCAAGCUCUCAUUAGUCAGGAAAAAGAAAGCCUGUCAGUAUACAACAAACUCCUGAAUUGUGAAAUCUCUUUUCUACAGCAAAAAGCAAAAAUCCAAUGGAGUGUUAAGGGAGAUAGAAACAUAAGCUAUUUCCACUCAAUUAUCAAAUCCAACAGGCAUCAUAACAGGGUCCUAGUUCUAAACAACAGCCUGGGAAGGAAAAUCACAGAGGAAGAGGAAAUUGUUAAGGAAAUCAUUUCUUACUAUAAAAAUCUCAUGGGCACAGCCAUCCCAACAUCUGAUCCAAGCACUGAAAUUAUUCAGAAUGGUCCAUGUCUGGAUGAAAAUCACAUCAGACUAUUAUCUGCACCUAUAUCAAAUGAAGAGAUAAGGAAGGCAGUGUUUUCCAUCCCAGACAACAAGUCCCCAGGCCCUGAUGGAUAUGGAUCUUCUUUCUUCAAAUCUUCCUGGAACGUGAUAGGAGAUGAAGUCACUCAUGCUAUUCAAGAAUUUUUCCAAAAUGGCAAACUAUUGGGAGCUAUCAACUCUACAUCCAUCACACUUAUACCCAAGGUACAUUGCCCAAACACUCCUGCUGACUUCCGGCCAAUUUCUUGCUGUAACUGUCUUUAUAAAGUGAUAUCAAAAAUUCUGGCAACUAGAAUUCAAUCAGUGAUGGGGUAUCUGAUUAGCAAUGCCCAGAGUGCUUUUGUCAAAGGAAGAAAUAUAGCCAGUAAUAUCCUUUUAGCCCAUGAAUUGGUGAAAAAUUAUGGCCGGAAACACAUAUCUCCAAGGGUCAUGAUAAAUAUAGACAUAAGGAAAGCAUUUGAUACCACACCAAAUUCGGUUCAAGGCUUCAAUAACGGUCAGACGAUAAACGCAGUACCGGGAAAAUCUUAG